CCAGGUGUGGGCUUGGGUGGUUGGUUACCGCCUUUUGCACCAGCGGCGGCGAGGGGGGGGUGGUGGGCCCUCUUUCUUUUUCUCUUAGAAGAGGUUUUAGCACAGGUUUUCUCGUUCUCACUUCCACCCCACCUCACCGCCUCCCGACCCCCCUUCUCCCCCUCCCCAUCUAUCGUCAUGACGGCGUCUCCGGAUUACUUGGUGGUGCUUUUUGGGAUCACUGCUGGGGCCACCGGGACCAAGUUGGGCUCAGAUGAGAAGGAGCUGAUCCUGCUCUUAUGGAAAGUCGUGGACCUGGCCAACAAGAAGGUGGGACAGUUGCACGAAGUACUAGUUAGACCGGAUCAGUUGGAACUGACGGAGGAUUGUAAAGAAGAAACUAAGAUCGACGCCGAAACCUUGUCCUCGGCGCCUCAGCUGGACCAAGCCCUCCGACAGUUUAACCAGUCAGUGAGCAAUGAACUGAAUAUUGGAGUGGGAACUUCCUUCUGUCUUUGUACUGAUGGGCAGCUUCAUAUCAGGCAAGUCCUGCACCCCGAAGCUUCCAAGAAGAAUGUAUUAUUGCCUGAAUGCUUCUACUCCUUUUUUGAUCUUCGAAAAGAAUUCAAGAAGUGUUGUCCUGGUUCACCUGAUAUUGAUAAGCUGGAUGUUGCAGCAAUGACAGAGUCUUUAAAUUUUGAAAAGAAUAGUUCAGCUUUCCGGUAUGGAGCCUCUCAAAUUGAAGAUAUGGGGAAUAUAAUUUUAGCAAUGAUUUCAGAGCCUUACAAUCAUAGGUUUUCAGAUCCGGAGAGAGUAAAUUACAAAUUUGAAAGUGGCACUUGCAGCAAGAUGGAACUUAUUGAUGACAAUACCGUUGUCAGGGCCCGAGGUUUACCCUGGCAAUCUUCAGACCAAGAUAUUGCCCGAUUCUUCAAAGGACUCAAUAUUGCCAAGGGAGGUGCAGCACUUUGUCUGAAUGCCCAGGGUCGUAGGAAUGGAGAAGCGUUGGUUAGGUUUGUAAGUGAGGAGCACAGAGAUCUAGCACUGCAGAGGCACAAACAUCACAUGGGGACUCGGUACAUUGAGGUUUACAAAGCAACUGGUGAAGAUUUUCUUAAAAUUGCUGGUGGUACUUCCAAUGAGGUAGCCCAGUUUCUCUCCAAGGAAAACCAAGUUAUUGUCCGUAUGCGGGGGCUCCCUUUCACUGCCACAGCCGAUGAAGUAGUAGCCUUCUUUGGACAGCAUUGCCCCAUCACAGGGGGGAAGGAAGGCAUCCUUUUUGUUACCUACCCAGACGGUAGACCAACAGGGGAUGCUUUUGUCCUCUUUGCUUGUGAGGAGUAUGCACAGAAUGCAUUGAGGAAGCAUAAGGACUUGUUGGGCAAAAGAUACAUUGAACUCUUCAGGAGCACAGCAGCUGAAGUUCAGCAGGUGCUGAAUCGAUUCUCCUCGGCACCUCUCAUUCCACUUCCAACCCCUCCCAUUAUUCCAGUACUACCUCAACAAUUUGUGCCCCCUACAAAUGUUAGAGACUGUAUACGUCUUCGAGGUCUUCCAUAUGCAGCCACAAUUGAAGACAUCCUGGACUUUCUGGGGGAGUUCUCCACAGAUAUUCGAACCCAUGGGGUUCAUAUGGUAUUGAAUCACCAGGGCCGCCCAUCAGGAGAUGCCUUUAUCCAGAUGAAGUCUGCGGACAGAGCGUUUAUGGCUGCACAGAAGUGUCAUAAAAAAAACAUGAAGGACAGAUAUGUUGAAGUCUUUCAGUGUUCAGCUGAGGAGAUGAACUUUGUGUUAAUGGGGGGCACUUUAAAUCGAAAUGGCUUAUCCCCACCGCCAUGUAAGUUACCAUGCCUAUCUCCUCCCUCCUACACAUUUCCAGCUCCUGCAGCAGUUAUUCCUACUGAAGCUGCCAUUUAUCAGCCCUCUGUGCUUUUGAACCCUCGAGCACUGCAACCUUCCACAGCAUACUACCCAGCAGGCACUCAGCUCUUCAUGAACUACACAGCAUACUAUCCCAGCCCCCCAGGUUCGCCCAAUAGUCUUGGCUACUUCCCUACAGCUGCUAAUCUUAGCGGUGUCCCUCCACAGCCUGGCACGGUGGUCAGAAUGCAGGGCCUGGCCUACAAUACUGGAGUUAAGGAAAUUCUUAACUUCUUCCAAGGUUACCAGUAUGCAACCGAGGAUGGACUUGUACACACAAAUGACCAGGCCAGGACUCUACCCAAAGAAUGGGUUUGUAUUUAAGGGUCCCAGCAGUUAGACCAGCCUCAGAAAAGAAGUGUUUGAAAGAUAUAUGGUGAUUCUGAAACUGUCAGACAAGAGACAACUUCUAGCAAUUUCAGAGGAAGUUUGUCUCCACUCAGGCUGCAGUAUUUUCAGCAAGCAUGAUUGGACAGUGGGCCUGUGCCCUAUCUUUUGAGUGGAGUGAAAAAUUUGAGCCAAUGAAGCCAAAUCUUAAUGGCAAGCAGCAUGCCAGGCUCCUUGCCAAUUUGCAAAUAGGCAUUUAAAAUGUGAAUUUGAAAUCAAAUGUGUCCAUUACUUCCAGCUAAUGUGACAACAUAAUGUUUUUUAAGUUUUAAGUCAUAAAGAAAAAAACAACAUUGCUCCACCAGUGUCUACCAUCUCCACCAGGAACUCUGUUCAUGGAAGCUUCAUUUUUGUGUGUUUCCAUUUUUUCCUUCUCUAACUCCCUACCUUCUGCACAAUCAUGCCCCACUGCUUACUAGGUAAUUCUAAAAUAAGUACUUAGAAUACUAAAAUCACAAACUUAAGAAGUAGCACUGAUAUUUUCC